CCUAAAAAAUUAUGGACCUCUUCAAGUCAAAAGAUAUAGCUACUUGAAUGUUAAGAAAAUGACAAAGUCUUUCACAGUAAAAUUAGGCCAAGGAGGAUUUGGUGAUGUAUACAAAGGAAAGUUAGAUGAUGGCAGUCUUGUUGCAGUGAAGGUAUUGAACCAAUUAAAAGGUGAAGAUGGGCAAGAUUUCAUCAAUGAGGUGGCAACCAUUAGCAAAACUUCACACGUCAAUGUUGUCACUUUGUUGGGUUUCUGUUUUGAGAGUACUAAAAGAGCUCUACUUUAUGAGUUCAUGCCUAAUGGAUCGCUUGAGAAGUUUAUAUUCGACGAAAAUGCAACCGAAACUGCUCAUAAGUUGAAUUGGGAAACACAAUACCUAAUUUCACUUGGCAUUGCUAAAGGACUUGAAUAUUUGCACAACGGUUGUAACACUCGAAUUCUGCACUUUGAUAUUAAGCCUCAUAACAUUCUUCUUGAUGCAGAUUUUGUGCCUAAGAUAUCCGAUUUUGGUUUAGCCAAAAUUUGUAAAAGAACAGAGAGUGCCAUCUCAAUGUUGGGUCCAAGAGGAACUGUCGGAUAUAUUGCCCCUGAAGUAUUUUCCAGAAACUUUGGAGAGGUCUCACACAAAUCUGAUGUUUAUAGUUACGGAAUGAUGAUUUUAGAACUGGUGGGAGGAAGAAGUAAUAUCAAUGUUAGAGUCGAUAACACAAGCGAAAUAUAUUUUCCACAUUGGAUCUACAAGCGUCUAGAGUUAGAUGAAGAGCUUGGACUGAAGAGAAUACAGAACGAGGAAGACAAAAUAAAAGUGAGGAAAAUGAUAAUAGUAAGCUUGUGGUGCAUACAGACUGACACUUCAAAACGUCCAACAAUGAGUAGAGUCAUAGAAAUGUUGGAAGGGAGCGUUGAUUCCUUGCAAGUACCACCCAAGCCGUUCUUGUCUUCUCCUAAUUAAACAU